AGCUCUCUUCUCACCCAACGCACCCCGCUAAUCUCUUCUGCCGUUUUUAAGCCUCGCACCCCCUUCACUCUGCGUUUAUUUACAAGGUAAAGAAUCACCUGUCACCGUCUCUCAUCCCUCAGCAACACCCGUUACUCUCUCACCACAAAUCUCAUCAUGUCCUCCGUGCGCACGUCUUCUGCGGUCGCCGUGCUCGCCCUGGCUAUCGCCGGUGUGCAGAGCGUAGUCGCAGCCCCCGCGACCACGAAGGCGCCCGUGCCGGUGAAUCUGAACGAGAACAUCGUGACGAUUGUUCUGAUUCUGGGUGUGGCGAUUGCAAUUCCACUCGUCUACGUGCUCACGAAGCUGAUCCCGAAGAUGCGCCGCGGUGAGAUUUUGCUGUCGAAGAUCGAGUUCGACUGGCGCGCGGAGCUGCUGAACCAGACGUCGAAGAAAGAGAAGGCGCGCCGUGCGGAGGAGAUGGCCCGCCGCGACGAGGAGCGCGCUGCCGCCGGUGAGGAGCUGGAGUUCGCAGAACAGGGGACGCAACACUACCAUUCGAUGGAGCCGCUGUCGCCCCGCGAUGCUGCGGUGCCGAGCGCUGCUGCAAACGCGAAGCGCGUGCAGGUGGAGGUGUCCUCCUCGAUUGAGAAGCGCGAGGGUCACUAA